AUGUCCGCCAGACAUAUUGCUAAAAAUCGAGCAUUAACUUCCUCUGAGCCAACCACCGGUAACCAGGUGACUAAAAAACAAGUUGAAUUACGAAAACUUAAAGAAAAAAAUGGUGAUAAUUCAGAGGAAAUCCACAAGUUAGAACGAGAAAUUGAAAAAUUAUUAAAGGUUGAAAAGGUCAAUUCUACUAGUGAAAAUCCAACUAAAAAUAAUAAAGUAAUCGUUUACUCAAUUAUUGGAUUUUUGUUGUUGAUUUUAAUCGGAUUCAUCAUUGUGUUAGUAAAACCGAAGCGAAAAAACCCUAAAAUUAAAUAA